UGUAGCGCGCCGCACAGUCCAGUGCAGAUCCGAGGUCGAGAUGUAUCGCGUCCUGACUGUGCGCGUGGCGGGAGCUGUCCGGGAGCUGAGGCUCCUAUGCUGGGCUUCCAGAAACCUGCAGUCUUCGCCUGGUUCCCUUUCCCGGGCCCAGCCCGAGGGCGAGGAAGAGGACGACCCUAAUCGACCUAUUGUAUUUUCCUCCAGCAAAGCCCACCCAAGCCGUUGGACUGUGGAGCAUUCCCUGGGAGGGGAGCGGCAGCAGCCCUGGUUCAGGGUGCUGCCCCUAAGCCUGUCCCUCAUGGCUCUGGUCAUUUGGUGCUUCUUUAGACAGGAGACCGGCGCGGACCGCUGGUUGAGACAGGUGUUGGAAGAAGAGGUGCCGGAGCCCAGCGAUCGUGCUGAGGAACCUGGAAUUCCGGCUGCCCGUGGGGCGAGAACUUAAAAAUCGCGCCCUGAUGUGGGGGCAGCGAGGGACCAGGCAGCCGCUCUUUGGCUUUGACGUGGCGUUUGACUGUUUCUGUCGUGGUUAAGUGCGUCCCCACACUGAAGGAUUUGUUUGGAUGGCGCAUCUGGCCACGCUGACCCGCGGGCAGGAGAGAGCAAAAUGUCUGCAGAUCGGAAUCGGUCCCUUGCUUGAUACUUGAUGCUGAACGAAUAUGUUCAGAUACUUUUUUGAACCAUAGGAAAGGUUUUGGUUGCAGCGUGUGCUGUUGUAUUGUGAUUUUACUCAAUAUUAUCAUGUUUUCAAAACAAUUCUGGCAAUACUUCUAAGCCAGUUUGCAGGUCAUUUCUUUUCUGAGACAGAAUAACUGGCAGAAGAGUUAAACUAUUUCAUAAUGUACUGUGGUGUGUAUAAAUUUUAAUUUGCUAAUAUAGAAUUAAGCUAA